GGCCCAUGAUCGGGUAGCGGCUAAACACAAAACACGUCAAAGUUUUGUUGAAAUAUAAGAAAAGAAUAAGGAAAAAAAAUUUAAAAGACCUUUUUUUUAAGAAAAAAGAUAACACUCUAGAGUUGUUGUGUGUGUGUUUGUGGGCAUAUUUGCUUGCUUGUAUUGCGGAGUGAGUGUUUGAUCCGAUCAUUGUGUGUGUGUGUAUGUGUGUAUAUGCUGCAUAAAUAUACUACAUUAGCAGUGAGGGGGACCAGAAAGGAAUGAAUGAAUAACCUACCAACUAACCAGCCAGCCAGCCGACCACCUAAAUAACACUAGCUGUGUUUAUAUUGCUGACCAUACGUUGAUCUGAGAUCCAUAACUACUAGAGUUCAGAACCUUUUCUACCAACGAUCUGUGUAUAAUCGAAAUGUCACCAAUAUUUAAGUGAUUCUUUUCAUCAAGCACCAUGUGUUAGAAAUUAAAAGGCAGCAUACUUGACUCUAGAGCAACCAAGGAGGAAGUCAUCAAAUAGUAAUAGCAACACAGUAGCAGCAAUUCAUUCAUAAUUCAGUUGUUGUUUUCUUGCUUACAUAAAAAUUUUAUUAAACUUAUCUCGACGACGUCGUUGCUGAGACGUCCAUCGACGAAAGCCGACUUUGAAACGAAAGUAGAGCGCUUCGUUGGCUCUUUGUUGUGUGGUAUGAUUGUGCGUGUGUGAUUACGACCACCGGAAAUUUGUGAACUAAGUAGGAAAGAGCGCCCAACGACACCCAGGCAGGCAGGCUCACGCGACAGUCAGUGAGUCGGUCUAUACAUACCAAAGUACGUACACUGUUGGGUGUACUCCACAUACCGCCACAAUCUGGUCCAUUAAUCUUACAAGAAGCGGCGGACGAGUCACAACACACGCAGCAGCCAAGCGCAGCCUCAAUAAAUCAGCAAAAAUAGCUUAACACCAUGACGAAGGCAUGGUGGGGCGGUGGCGCCCAUUGCGGCCGCUUCACAUUUAUCAACAACCGAACGUUUUUCAUUGCCAUAGUAUUUGGCCUUAGCAUUUUGGUCUCGAUCAAUUCGUCGGGGGCCCAGCAUGCAGGGCGUCGCGAUCGUCCUCGCAAUCCACCUAGACAGUAUAUCAAAACCCAUCCCUGUGAGAGAUCGUCGUGUUAUCCGGCAACAGGCAAUUUGCUUAUAGGUCGAGAAUCUCGUUUAUCUGCCUCCUCUACCUGUGGUCUCAAUUCGCCCGAACGUUUUUGUAUUCUAUCCCAUUUGCAGGAUAAGAAGUGUUUCCUAUGUGACACUCGCGAAGAGACUCGCAAUGAUCCCUACAAGAAUCAUCGCAUUGGUCAGAUUAUUUACAAGACCAAACCUGGAACUUCCAUACCCACUUGGUGGCAGUCAGAAAAUGGGCGGGAAGAUGUUUCCAUACAAUUGGAUUUGGAGGCCGAGUUCCAUUUCACCCAUUUGAUCAUGUCGUUUACCACCUUCCGUCCGGCUGCCAUGUAUAUUGAGCGUUCGUUUGAUUUUGGCCAACAGUGGACUGUGUAUCGUUACUUUGCCUACGACUGUGCCGAUUCAUUCCCCGGAGUGCCCACAGUAUUGCGUAAUAUCACUGAUGUGGUGUGUACUUCGCGUUAUUCCAAUGUGGAGCCUUCUCGUAAUGGUGAGGUGAUUUUCCGUGUGCUGCCACCCAACAUAAAUGUCUCGGAUCCCUACGCUCCCCAUGUACAGAAUAUGCUGAAGGUAACCAAUCUGCGUGUGGUCUUCAAGAAGCUGCAUAAAUUGGGAGACAAUUUGUUGGACAACCGCCUGGAGAACGAAGAAAAGUACUACUACGGCAUCAACAACAUGGUGGUACGUGGUUCCUGCUCUUGUUAUGGUCAUGCUUCGCAAUGUCUGCCCCUUGAUGGCUCCGACACCAGCGAGCCAGAUAUGGUGCAUGGCCGUUGCCAGUGUACGCACAACACCAAGGGUCUGAAUUGCGAAACCUGCGAAGACUUCUUUAAUGAUUUUCCCUGGAAACCAGCCUUUGGCAAACAGACCAACGCCUGUAAGAAAUGUGAAUGCCACGACCAUGCUGUCAGCUGUCACUUUGACGAGGAGGUAUUCGAGCAAUCUGGCCGUGUUUCCGGAGGUGUUUGCGACAACUGCAUGCACAACACGCAGGGUCAGCAUUGUGAAGAAUGCAUGCCAUUUUUCUAUCGCGAUCCCAAUGAGGAUAUUCGCAGCCCUUAUGUGUGCAAGCCUUGUGAGUGCGAUGCCAUUGGCUCUCUGGAUGAAGGUAUAUGCGAUUCGCCCGACCCCGACUCGCCCGAAGUGGAAGCUGGCUCUUGCCACUGUAAAACAAAUGUCAAAGGCAGACGCUGUGAUACCUGCAAAGAUGGCUAUUGGAAUUUAGUGCCCGAAAAUGCUGAUGGCUGUGAGCUUUGCAGCUGCAACAUUUUGGGUACCGUAGAUAAUUCUGGCUGCGACAUGAUGACUGGUGAAUGUACCUGCAAACGUUUGGUUACUGGCAAGGACUGUAAUCAGUGUGCCUCCCAGACCUAUGGCCUGUCAGAGUCGGAAGACGGUUGUACUCUGUGUGACUGUGAUGCUGGCGGCUCCUAUGACAACUUCUGUGAUGUCAUCACAGGCCAAUGUCGCUGCCGUCCCCAUAUGACUGGACGUCGAUGUGCCCAACCCAAACAGAACUAUUUCAUACCCCAAUUGCAUAUAACACAUGAAGCGGAAACACCGGAGAUUUGCAUAACCUACCAUAACAAUGGAAAUUGUACGACGGUGCCCUUCCAGCCACACCCCGAGCGUAUGCCUGAGUGGACGGGUAUUGGUUUCAUUCGGGUUCCCGAAAACUCUGAGCUGAUCAUAACUGUGGAUGAUAUACCACGUUCCAUGCCCUACGAUGUAGUCAUACGUUAUCAGUCAAAUUCGCGUGGUGAUUGGGAAGAUGCCUUCAUAACGCUGAUACGUCCCGAUGAGGUGGAUCCCGAAGGCGACUGCGCCGCCGCUGUACCACCAGGCUCCAGCAUUUACGAGUCGCGAGUGCCGUUUGUCUUGCCCGAGCGUGAACGACAGGUAGUGGCUUUGCCUGAAGUCUGUCUGGAGGCUGGAAAGGUGUACAAAUUCAAAAUUCACUUUGAAAGACGACGCCACAAUGAGGAUAAUCCCACCUCCACCAUUCUGAUUGAUUCUUUGACUCUUAUACCACGCAUCGAACUGACCAGUGUUUUCCGGGGUUCACCAGAUGCUGAUGCAAGACGCCAGGAGUACUAUCAAAUGGGUUGCAAUCAGUCCUUGUAUGACAUACGUUAUAGCGGUUUUGCCGACCAACGUUGCAAGGAGCUGGAGGACUAUGUAAGCACUGUCAUUUACGAUGGAGCCAGCAUGUGCAACUGCAACCCCACCGGUUCGUUGAGUAAGGAGUGUGAUGCCCAUGGCGGCUACUGCCAAUGUAAGCCGAACGUUGUGGGUAGACAGUGCGACCAAUGCGCCACCGGCACCUAUGGAUUUGGCCCAGAAGGCUGCAAGGCCUGCGAUUGUAACAGCAUUGGGGCCAAGGAUAACAACUGCGAUGUGCUAACCGGUCAGUGUGCUUGCCACCCCAAUACCUAUGGACGAGAAUGUGACCAGUGUCAACCCGGUUUCUGGAAUUUCCCCAACUGCCAAGCCUGCGAAUGUAAUGGCCAUGCCCAGCAGUGUGAUGCCCGCACUGGCCAGUGUUUGAAUUGUGCCGAUUUCACCACAGGUUAUGCCUGUGAUGCUUGUCUGGAUGGCUACUAUGGCAAUCCCUUCUUGGGUAGUGAAAUUGGUUGUCGCGCCUGCCGGUGUCCCGACACUAUAGCCAGUGGCAAUGCUCAUGCGGAUGGCUGUUCCCUGGAUGUACGCAACAACAACAUGAUCUGCCACUGCCAGGAGGGCUAUGAUGGACCGCGUUGUGACAUUUGUGCCGACAACUACUUUGGCGACGCUGAGACGCCAGGAGGUUCUUGCGAGAAAUGUGAUUGUGGCAAUAACGUCGAUAUCUACGACACGGGUAACUGUGAUCGACGCACAGGCAAGUGUCUGAAAUGUUUGUACGACACCACCGGGGAUCACUGCGAACUGUGCCGUGAUGGAUUCUACGGAGAUGCUUUGAAACAGAAUUGCGUGGCCUGUGAUUGCGAUUUCUUGGGCACCAACAACACCGUGCAGUAUUGUGACCGCGUGAGUGGUCAAUGUCCCUGUUUGCCCAAUGUGGUGGGAGUGCGUUGUGAUGAGUGUGCAGUUAACCAUUGGAAGAUUGCCUCCGGUGAAGGUUGUGAGGCCUGCGAAUGUGAUCCCAUAGGCUCCAAGUCGGAACAAUGUAACCGCUACGAUGGCCAAUGUGAGUGUAGGCCAGGAUUCGGUGGUCGUGCCUGCAAUCAAUGUCAAGCCAACUACUUUGGCAAUCCCAAUAAGGAAUGCCAUCGCUGCGACUGCGACCCCUAUGGAUCCGCGGACUUCCAAUGUGACCGUGAAACUGGUCAGUGUGUUUGCCACGAAGGCAUUGGCGGCGAUAAGUGUAAUGAGUGUGCCCGUGGCUAUUUGGGCGAGUCCCCCCACUGCAAGCCUUGUGGCGAAUGUUUCAACAACUGGGAUUUGAUUUUGAAGGAAUUGGAAGAGGCCACUGCCCAGGCCAUUAAACGGGCCAGUGACAUUAAAUUGAUUGGUGCCACCGGGGCCUAUACCUCAGAAUUCAAUACUUUGGACAAUAAGCUGCAACAUAUACGUGACCUGUUGCAGAACACCUCGGUCAGCUUAAAGGACAUUGACAGUUUGGACAAGGAGGUGGCCGAAAUGAAAAUGAAACUGGGUAAAGCUCAUCAGAAGCUAUUGGAUACGGAGAACAAUUUAGAGGAUGUCUACUCAGCCUUGAGUUUGUCCGCCGUCGAGGUGGAGGGUUUACAAAAUCAAUCGGCCCUGGUGAAGAAACUUUCAAAGGAACUAAAGGAGCAUGGCAUACAACUGCAGGAAUCGAAUAUCGAGGGUGCCCUCAAUUUGACACGCAAUGCUUAUGAUCGCGUCAACAAUUUGUCGGCCAUCAAAAAUCAAGCCGAAGACUUUGCCUCAAACACAGAACGCAACUGCAAACGCGUAGAAACCUUGGCCAACAAGAUGAAGGACGAAACGCCUGCUGUACAGGCGAACGAUGAACUUAUCGAUCAAUAUCGCACCGAGUUGACUUCAAUGACUGCCAUGAUACCAGAGCUGAACAACGAUGUAUGCGAUCGUAUGGGUGAUCCUUGUGACAAUAUUUGUGGAGGAGCUGGUUGCGGCACCUGUGGUGGUUUGUCCUGCGAGCGUGGAGCUCUCACACGCACUGAAAAGGCCCUCAAAGUGGCCAAGGACACUGAACAGGAAAUCAAAGAGAAGAAGGACCAAGCUGAAAAAAUUAUACGCUCCUUGUCCCAGGCUAAGGCGAAUGCCUCUGAAGCGUAUCAAAAAUCCAAGGAGGCCCAUGAAGAUGCCGAACGCUAUUUGAAUCACACUUCUCUCAAUAUCAAGAGCGGCGAGAUGAUGAUUGAAAGUCUUCAGGAAUUCAUGGCCAAUCAAACUGCCUUGCCCAAUGAGGCCAAAGAGUUGGCUCAACAAACGUUGAACUUGGACUUGACAUUAGACCCCACUGAGAUCCAGAUGUUGGGUGGUAAGAUUAACAAUGCUGUCUCCUCGCUCAAAAAUGUGGAAUCCAUCAUUUACAAUACUCGCGAAGACUUGCAGCGUGUCAAUGACUUGCAAGCCUUAGCCAAUGACACCAAAGAGCUGGCCAAAAACAUUCUGCAGACUGCCAACACUGUGGUGGAGAACCUCAACGAUGCCGACAUUGCACAGGGCAAAGCCAGUGCGGCCAUUGCACAAGCCAAAAGCAAUAUUGAGCUGGCUGCCCAAGAUCUCGAUCAAAUCGACAAUGAAACCGGCGAAGCUGAAGCCCCAGCCAAUGCCACAGUACAACAUGUCGAAGAACUGGCCAAUAAGGUGAGCCGUCUGCAAAAGAAUAUUCUCAAGAACGAACUCGAUGCCAAGGAUGUUAAGAACGAGGCCGACAAAGUCAAGGAGUCGGCCAAGAAUGCUCGUGCCGAUGCCCAAAAGUUGCAAUAUUCCUCAACGGCCGCCAAUCAAACGCUCACCGAUCGAGCGGCCCGCUCCGAAAAUGCCCGCGAGCGAGCCAAGCAAUUGCUGCUGCGCGCCUCCAUGCUCACCGUAAAGACCAAAGAGCAAUUGCGUGAAUUGAAACUCAUGCAGGACUCGUACAAAGAGAAAAACGACAGACUACAGAAAUUGCAAGAAGGUCUGAUGCCAUUGCACGACGAGCUCAUGCAUCAUUCCAAGAACAUACAAGCCAAUGCUGACCGCUACAUGCAAUGUUAGAAAGCCAAAUGCGUAAUGGAAAUGAAAAAUUCAAAAUGCUGUCCUCUCCGAACCGAGUUACCUACUUAAGUAUGUUUUUUGGAAACAAAAGUAAAAGUCCCAAAAACUUGAACGAAAAGUCAAAUGCUAAUUUAGCUUUUUUAAUUUAAUGUCUGCCAUUUCAUGUCUACGAAAAAAUGGGAAAAUAACCCAACAAAGCCAUAUCGAAGAAACUAAAUAAAAAAAUAUUUUUUUUUUUAACAAACUUUUUACUGUUUUUAAGCGAAACUCGUCUUCUUUUACAUACUUUUAAGUGUAAUCUUUUGAAAUAAACCAAUGUUAUUAGAAAUAGUUUUGUCGUCUAUGUAUUUAAGACCAUUAUAGCAUAAUUUUACAAAAACAAUCUUCAUAAUUCUAUAAAUUUCAGUUUUUCUUGAUUGUCUAAGAAAGUAUUUCGUUGUUUCUUUUGUAUAAAUUUGAAAUAGCUGCAAUUUUCUACCAUUCAAUUGUCCUCACCCUACACAUACGUGCCUUGUUUUUCCUCCUCCGCCAAUGUUAGCCAUAAUUUAAAUAUUCGAAUAUGAAAUUCAAAUUGUCGUGUCACUUAUUUUUUUAAUGUAUUUUAAUUUUAUAUUUUUCACAUAAUAUAUACGGAAAGAAACGUACGUCGUACAUACAAAAUACAUGUUGUGUAAUAAUAAAUAAAUAAAAACAAA